AUGGACGAUCAAAGUAAUAAAUCUGUUAAUUGGAUUUAUUUCUUCAGACAGCUUUUCUCAUGCGGCGGAAUUGUAUUGAACUUUUUUAUAUUUGGCUUAUAUAUGGGUGCACACACUGUAAUAAUUCCGCAAUUAAGGAAAGAAGCAAAUUCAACAGAUGUCGUAUCACCAGAAAUGGCAUCAUGGUUGUCCUCUAUUUCUGCCUACAGUGCAAUUCCCUGGGCAGUAAUUUUGCCUAUAAUAGCAUUUCGCUUUGGACGCAAAAUUCCCAUGAUUUUGAUUACUCUCAAUGUGAUCAUUGGGAAUAUCGUAUUCUAUUGUAGUACCAGUAUCAACCAACUUAUAUUAAGUCAAGCUUCGUUAGGAAUGUUCGUAAGUUCAAUAAUGACAAUUACAGUCAUGGUUGUGUCAGAGUACACGGCACCUAAAUACAGAGGUAUUAUAUUGACCCUCAAGGGGGCUACAUUUUUUUGGGGAGUUUGGAUCUCAAAUGCUAUAGGAACGUUUUUUCAUUGGAGAAAUAUUGGCAUCGUAGUUUUUGUCUGCAGUAUUUAUAAUCUAAUAUCUUGUAUGUUCUACUAUGAAUCGCCUUAUUGGUUGGCAAUAAAAGGACGUUUUGAUGAAUGUGCAAAAGUUCACCGAUAUUUAAAAGGUACAGACGAACUCUCAGAGGAAGAAUUGAGAAAGCUUAUCUUAUCUCAAAAAGAGCAUUUAAAUUUUAAAACUGAACGUAAUGAGAUAAAAAAACAAAGCAAAACUAUCAAAAUCCUAAAAGUAAUACAAAGUGAGGGUUUUUAUAAACCUCUCGUGUAUGCAAGCUUACCGAUAUUACUGUACAAUUUAUCAGGUAAGGUAGCUUGCAGUGUGUACGCUAUAAGCAUUAUAAAAAAAAUCACAUCCAGUGAAAAAAUGGCAUAUGAAGGCAUGCUUAUAUUGGAUGCUGUGACUGUAGUUGGUAUGUACUUAGGAUGUGCAUUAUGUAAAAUCAUGAAACGUCGAAAACAAUUGCUAAUUUUUUCUUCUACGGGAGUGGGUUUCUUAUACAUGUUAUCAAUUUACUUAUACAUGAUAAAACAAAAUGUUGUUUCAGAGAAUAAUAAUGUUGCUUUGUUAUUGCUGACGGGGUUUUCUGUAAGCAUCAGCUGCGGGCCCAUAAUUCUUGCAACUGCUUGUUCUGCAGAAUUGUCACCAUUGCGAUACAGAAGUUACUUUGUCAGUUGUCUCGCACUUUUAGCUAACAUAGUGUUUGCGACGACUCUCAAAAUUUCCCCGCUCAUUUUUAAACAUUUUGAUAUACAUGGUGCGUUUCUCUUUUACGCUGUGUCAGCGAAUGUUUUUAUUUGUCUUUUAUAUAAAUAUUUGCCGGAAACAAAAGAUAAAACUAUACAAGAAGUACAUGAAUUGAUAACAGGUGUUAUUCAAAAUGUAUCAGUUAAAAAAGAACUCCUGCCUUUAAAUACUCCGCAAUAA